AUGUUCGUGGAGAGCUUCCGGGUGGAGAGCCCACGGGUGCAGUACGGCGACGGCGAGAUCCAGUCGGAGUACCGCUACGACACCACCGAGGUCGUCCCGCCGGGGAAUGGCGGCGGCGCGGGGUGGGUGGUGCGCCCAAAGUCCGUCACCUACAACUUCAAGACCAGCACCAACGUCCCAAAGCUCGGGGUGAUGCUCGUCGGAUGGGGCGGCAACAACGGGACGACGCUCACUGCCGGGGUGAUCGCCAACAGGGAAGGAAUUUCGUGGGAGACAAAGGAGAAGGUUCACAAGGCCAACUACUUCGGCUCCCUGACCCAGGCUUCCACCAUCAGGGUCGGCAGCCACAACGGGGAGGAGGUCUACGCGCCUUUCAAGAGCCUCGUGCCUAUGGUUAACCCUAACUCUAUCGUCUUUGGUGGAUGGGACAUUAGCAAUCUGAACAUGACCGACGCCAUGGCCAGGGCCAAGGUCCUAGACAUUCACCUUCAAAAGCAGCUCAGGCCAUACAUGGAAUCCAUGCUGCCACUUGCCGGCAUUUUCAACCCAGACUUCGUUGCCGCAAACCAAGGUGCCCGUGCUAACAAUAUCAUCAAGGGCACCAAGAAAGAGCAGGUGGAGCAGAUCAAGAAGGACAUCAGGGAGUUCAAGGAAAAAACCAAGGUCGACAAGAUAGUUGUGCUAUGGACAGCAAACACCGAGAGGUAUAGCAAUGUAAUUGCUGGUCUUAAUGACACCAUGGACAACCUCUUGGCUUCGUUGGACAAGAAUGAAGCAGAGAUCUCACCAUCCACCUUGUAUGCAAUAGCCUGUGUCUUUGAAGGUGUUCCAUUCGUCAAUGGAAGCCCUCAGAACACAUUCGUGCCUGGGCUGAUGGAGCUUGCCAUAAGAAAAAAUUCGGUGAUAGGAGGCGACGACUUCAAGAGUGGGCAGACCAAGAUGAAGUCUGUAUUGGUCGAUUUCCUCGUUGGGGCUGGGCUUAAGCCCACCUCAAUUGCUAGCUACAACCACCUAGGAAACAAUGACGGCAUGAAUCUCUCUGCCCCACAAGUCUUCCGGUCUAAAGAGAUCUCCAAGAGCAGCGUGGUGGACGACAUGGUUGCUAGCAAUCCCAUCCUCUACAAACUCGAUGAACAUCCUGAUCACGUAAUCGUGAUCAAGUACAUCCCCUAUGUGGGUGAUAGCAAGAGAGCUAUGGACGAAUAUACCUCCGAGAUCUUCAUGGGUGGCAAGAACACCAUCGUGCUGCACAACACCUGCGAGGAUUCGCUUCUCGCUGCACCGAUCAUCCUUGACUUGGUGCUCCUAGCUGAGCUCAGCACUCGUAUUCAGCUCAAGGCCGAAGGGCAGGAUAAGUUCCACUCCUUCCAUCCCGUCGCCACAAUUUUGAGCUAUCUCAGCAAGGCUCCUCUUGUACCCCCUGGCACACCAGUGGUGAAUGCUCUGGCCAAGCAGAGGGCCAUGCUGGAGAACAUCUUGCGGGCCUGCAUCGGCCUUGCCCCUGAGAACAACAUGAUGCUUGAGCACAAGUGA